UCCCUUCAAUACGAUACCGUUUCCUCUGCCGCACGGUUCAAUCUGGAAUCUUGUGUUCCUUCCUUCUUAUUGUUAACUCUCUCGGUCUCUCCCUCUCAGUUUAAAGUUGGAAACUUUUUCCAUUAUUGCUUAUUGGGUUGAGUCCAAAAUCUGGAGCUGUGAAUUGUGAUUUGAAUAUCACAAGCAAUGGUGAAGGACACUACCUACUAUGACAUAUUGGGGGUCAAUGUUGAUGCAUCUGCUGCAGAGAUCAAGAAGGCUUAUUAUAUUAAGGCAAGAAUAGUUCACCCCGAUAAAAAUCAUGGCGAUCCUAAGGCUGCAGAAAAUUUUCAGAUACUUGGUGAGGCUUACCAGGUUUUAAGUGAUCCUGAGAAGCGUGAAGCAUAUGAUAAGCAUGGAAAGGAAGGAGUAGCACAAGAUUCCAUGAUGGACCCUUCAACUGUAUUUGGAAUGCUUUUUGGAAGCGAAUUGUUUGAAGAAUAUAUUGGAAAACUUGCACUUGCUUCUUUAGCAUCUAUAGAAAUUGAGGAAGACUCACAGGAUCCUGAAGUUCGCAAGCAGAGAAUUCAAGAAAAGAUGAAAGCAUGGCAGAAGGAAAGAGAACAAAAGCUGAUAUUAAUUCUGAAAGAUCGCCUCCAACCAUUUGUUGAUGGUCGAGAAGAUGAAUUUACAACAUGGGCAAAUUCAGAAGCACGCAAUCUUUCAAAAGCUGCUUUUGGAGAGGCCAUGCUACAUACAAUUGGUUAUAUCUACACUCGAAAAGCUUCAAGAGAACUUGGAAAGGAUAUACGGUAUAUGAAUGUUCCCUUUUUGGCAGAGUGGGUAAGAGACAAAGGACACCGUAUAAAGUCACAAGUGACAGCAGCCUCAGGAGCUGUGUCCCUAAUUCAAAUACAAGAAGAGCUCAAGAAGCUAAACCAGGGAGAAAACAAAGAAGAAAACAUAGUAAAAGCUAUUGAAGAUAAGAAGGAUGCCAUGAUUAAUUCCCUAUGGCAGAUCAACGUUAUCGAUAUUGAAUCAACUCUGUCACAUGUCUGCCAAGCUGUUCUUAAAGAUCCUAGUGCCUCCAAAGAUGUUAUGAGGUGUCGGGCCAAAGCAUUGAAAAAGUUAGGAACUAUUUUUCAAGGUGCUAAAGCUGCUUACAGCAGAGAAAACAGUCUACGCCGAGAAAGCGAAAAACCGUGUCAAAAACCAACGAAGAAGCUAAAAGAACAAUUGUUCCCGUGCUUUUAAUAGGCUUGACAUUGAUAUGUAAAUUUCAGUUUGACUUCUAGAGUUUGUAAAGCAAGUGCAUUUCUCUUAUGAGUUAUGAGUGCUAUAGUAUUAAAUGCUCCUAACUUUGAAUUGGUGUUAACUCAAUUUCUCAACUGUCCAUCUUAAAUUCCUAAUUCUUUGGAAAGGAUAUAUAGAUGGAA